UCUGAUUGGACGAAACAAAGGCUGCUGAGAAAACAGCUCAACAUAAUCGUGUAAUAAUAGAUCUCUGUCUUUAAAGCAAACAGAAUAAUUCACAGUUACUAAGGCUGUCGGGUCGACGUUUACGUAGCGGAGCACAGCAAUUUCGACGCCACUUCCUCUCUUAGUAUAGAUCUACCGAAAGCAACCGAUUCGUCCAGGAUGCAGGCUUUUGGAUUACUGUUGUUCUGCGUCUAUUUCCUCGGGGCUGUUCAAUCAGAACCAAGUAUCGAGAUUUCCGGGAACAAUUAUGUGGAAGAAGGCGCUGUGAUCCGACUGGUAUGCAAAGCGACAGGGCUGGAUUACGCCCCGGACGGUGUGGACUGGUUCUUAGAUGGCUACAAGCUCUCGAACAUUGGGGACAACAGGGUGACAGUCAAGGAGAGUCGUGCUUUGGCUGACAAGUCCAUCAACAGCGUGUUGGAAAUUGCUGACGCGAAAAUGGAUGAUUCCGGCCUUUAUGUGUGUCGCUCUGCCUUGUUGCAGAUAACGUCAGCCUCAGUCCGUAUUCUCAAAGCCAACCAGUACAAUUCAAAAAGAGGAGGUAUGAUUUUGCCUACACGACCAGAAAGGAGUACCUCAACUGUAAAAGCCCCAGACAGUUUUGAAGAUCAGAUGACAGAGAGCGGCGGGGUGGCACUCCAUCAACUUUGUACAUUUCCACACCUUCCCGUUACACUCAUGAUGUGUGUUGCCUUAUGGGCCUUACGUCACAGAGACUUGCUAGUCUAGGCUGCUCAAUUUGAGCUGAGAUGUAGCCCUUUUUAUGUCCCUAUCACGUCUUCCCUUAGCCCUAAUCUGAACAGUGUCUUUGACUUAUAUCUGAAUUUAAUACUGGCGUAUGGUCAGGGUAUGUUUAACACCAUUCCUCAAUGUACGCACUUUUAAUUAAAACAUUCUAUUGAAGUCAUGUAUUUUCUCAUUGACGAUUUUGUUUUACUAUAUUAUUAUUAGGGUUUUCGUGUUGUAUUUUAAUAUGUAGCCAUCUGCAUCCAAUAAUGCUGUUUGAGCGCGAAUAAAACAGACGAUGUUGAAAGAUAGGGGGAAUGGGUGAGGUGUUAAUAGCUCAACUAUCACUUCUAUUAGCGGACAAAAACGCCUCGUAUAAGAAAAUAAUUUUGACAGAAAAAGAGUCCUGUGUAACUCACAAAUAUGAUCUUACCAAGAUUUGGAAAUAAGAAAUUAGCAAACUAGUUCAAUUUCUUUAAAGACUUUAGUUUGUCUGAAUAAGAUUUCUUUUUAAUAAGAUUCGAUGUCUUUAAAAGACGCAAACUGGAAUAUAAGAAAAUGAUACCUUCUAUUUAAUGGGUUGUCGAGCAACUUUCGGCCCCUCGGUGACAAAAAAAUACAUUGGUUGACAAGAAAAACACUAGUGAAGAGAACAUAGAACAUAAUGAGCAUAAAAUCUUUAAGACUUCUUUUGGGUGGAUUUAACCAAAUCGGCAAUCAUAUUAUUAUGAGAACACUUGAAUUGGGAAUAUGGGAUAAUGGGGCACUUGGUCAAUGCUCCCUUAAAUUUUUACUAUGUUCCACAGCAUUGUAUCAUCUCGAACACCUGAAGGUAUAAUCUCUGCCUCAGAGCUUGGCAUGACUGUAAUGACGUGCAUUUUGCCCUAACAUUUACCCCGGUCCUUAGUGAUGGUCAACACUAUGCACUGUCCACCCUGUGAGCCGAACACCUUGCCGUCGAAAAUUCCCUUCAUAGUGAUCUGGUAGCGUUUUAUAUGACCAGACUAGUGAUGCUUCAUUUUGUUUUUAUUUUAAGUAUAUGGUUUUCAUUACGUAGAAUUUCACUGUUGUUCAAAAAUGACAAUGAAAAUGUGUCCCUUUUCAAUGCAUCCUAUUUCAUACAAGUAUCCAUUAAUUAAAUGACUUAAACAGUUUGCGUUGUUUGGAAUUGAGUUUGUUUUAAAUCAUGUAUCUUUUGUACCAUUUCAAACAUUAGUUGUCAUAAACAACAAAUACUUUUGUUUUC